UAGCAUCGUAGCAUCUUAUCAACAGUUACGUGUCUGUCCGCACAGUUCAAGAGGUGGACCAAGGAGGUGUAUAAGGGUGUACCACAGAUAAGAGUCACCAUGCAUUGGGUGUACAGCAGUUGUUAUGCCUGCAGUCUAGUCGUGUACCUCGCUGUAAAGAUAUAUUACGAAAAUGAAGUUAAGAAACUGUCUCUGGUGUGCAGUGAUCCUUGUACUGGUAGUGACUGCGGUAGAGAGCAGCAGUUUUCUAAAAGAUUCGCUGCUCCGUCCUCGUCGGUCGGAGAUCUGCUUUGGCUGCCGCGCGGAGGACCGACCCUUUGCGUACCCUCUCAUACAAUACCUCACGAAGGCCAAGGACAUGUUUCUGGAAGUACUGAAAGAAAUGAAAGAAUCAAAGAAAGCAGAGUUGGCUUCGUUACUGAAGCCACUUCUUGCUACGAAAUUGCUCGAAAAAGAAAAGAAGGCUUGUUGUAAGGAGUUGCCGCCGCCACCUCCUCCUACAAUAAUGCUGAUGCCUGCACCUCCGCCGCCAUGCGCUGCACCUGUCCCACCGUGUGCACCAGCCUUACCGCCGAUACUACUCGCGCCACCUCCUCCUGCACCAGUCUGUCUACCUCCACCACCACCUCCACCUGCUCCGGCUCCACUCUGCUUACCUGCUCCUCCUCCAGCUCCGAUAUAUAUAACUGCGCCUCCACCGGCUCCAGCUUGCUUACCAGCACCUCCUGCACCGUUAGUGCUACCAGCGCCACCACCGUCACUGAUGUUGCCACCACCACCACCACCGCCCAUGUAUCUUCCAGCUCCUCCGCCAGCCCCUCUCUGUCUGCCUCCAGCACCGGCAGCUGCUCCUGCUCCUCUAGUUAUAUCGCUGGUUCCACCACCCCCACCUCCUCCCCCACCGUCCUGUCUUCCUCCCCCUCCUCCUCCUCCUCCAGGUUACCCUAUGACGGCCUACAUGGUAGCCCCACCGGUACCCAUUACCUUGGAGCCAAAACCUCUGGAACUGCCGCCUCCAUGCCCGUGUUCCUACAAGAAAUAUUAUUAA